AUGCCACCCAUACCCAAGAGAGCCGAGCAUCUCCUCGUCCUCCUAAUUGUCGCAUUCGCUGCCGCCGCCACUAGCGCUGCCUCCGACGCCGCCGCCAGCGCCGUCCCCUUCUACCCCUCCGCGGAGGCCGCGGCCGCCGCGCACUGCGACGGCACGCUGUACCCGGAGCUCUGCCUGUCCACACUCGCGGACAUCCCGGACCUGCACAAGAAGCCCCUCCCGGACGUCAUCUGCGCCGCCGUGAACCGCACCGAGGACGUCGUGACCGCCACCGCCACCAACUGCUCAUCCUACCUACAGGAUAGGUCCCUCUCGGCGCGGGACCGCCUCGCCAUCAACGACUGCCUGGAGCUGCUAUCCACCACCAUGGACGAGCUCCGCGCCACGACCGCCGACCUCGAGUCCCCCGCCGGCAGGAGCUCCGGGUCCGGGAACGGCUCCGCGGCCCGGUCGCUGGGCGCCAGGCGCGCGACGAUGGACCACGUCAUGACGGUGCUCUCCGCGGCCAUCACCAACCAGUACACCUGCCUCGACGGCUUCGCGUACCAGAACGGCGGGCGGGUGCGGCCCUACAUCGAGCCGACCUUCCACCACGUCUCCCGCAUGGUGAGCAACUCGCUCGCCAUGGCCAAGAAGCUGCCCGGCGCCAGCCCCUCCUCCGCGCCUACGCCGUCGCCGACCGCAGCGACGGCGCGGCAGCCAUUCACGGGGUACGGGCAGAUGGUGAAGGGGUUCCCGCGGUGGGUGCGUCCCGGCGACCGGCGGCUGCUGCAGGCCCCGGCGACGGCCAUCGCCGCGGACGCGGUGGUGGCCAAGGACGGGAGCGGGGGCUACACGACGGUGUCGGCGGCCGUGGCGGCGGCGCCGACCAACUCGAAGAAGCGGUACGUGAUCUACAUCAAGGCCGGGGCGUACAUGGAGAACGUGGAGGUCGGGAAGAAGCACGUGAACCUGAUGUUCGUCGGCGACGGCAUCGGCAAGACCGUCAUCAAGGCCAGCCGCAACGUCGUGGACGGCUACACCACCUUCCGCUCAGCCACAGUCGCUGUGGUGGGCAACAACUUCUUGGCACGCGACCUGACGAUCGAGAACUCGGCCGGCCCGUCGAAGCACCAGGCGGUGGCGCUCCGCGUGGGCGCGGACCUGUCGGCGUUCUACCGCUGCAGCUUCGUGGGCUACCAGGACACGCUGUACGUGCACUCCCUCCGGCAGUUCUUCCGCGACUGCGACAUCUACGGCACCAUCGACUUCGUGUUCGGCAACGCCGCCGCCGUGCUGCAGGACUGCAACCUGUACGCGCGCAAGCCGCUGCCCAACCAGAGCAACAUCUUCACGGCGCAGGGGCGGGAGGACCCCAACCAGAACACGGGCAUCUCCGUCCACAGGUGCAAGGUGGCGGCGGCGGCGGACCUCGACUCCUCCGCCACCAAGACCUACCUGGGCCGGCCGUGGAAGCAGUACUCCCGCACGGUGUUCCUGCAGUCGGAGCUGGACUCGCUCAUCGACCCGGCCGGCUGGCUCGAGUGGAACGGCAACUUCGCGCUCGACACGCUCUACUACGGCGAGUACAUGAACACGGGGCCCGGCGCCGGGACGUCCGCCCGGGUCAAGUGGAAGGGGUACCGUGUCAUCACCAGCGCGUCCGAGGCCAGCGCCUUCACCGUCGGCUCCUUCAUCGACGGGGACGUCUGGCUCGCCGGCACGUCCAUCCCCUUCACCACCGGCUUGUGA